GUGGUGAUGGACAGGCGUGUCCUGUUUUCUUGCUACCGUUUACGAGGGAGCAACCGAACCCAGGGCCAUGCUCCGCGAUCUCGGCUCCAACGAAGUUUUACUCUUCAGCUAAAUGCUUCGUUAGAGUACUGCUAAGGUUCUCGUUAACGGUGGGAGGAGGGUUUAUAUAUUUGUUCGUUUGUUUUCAAGAAGCGUUUGGUGCCAAAUGUGGCUUUCGCGUGUUCGUAAUUGACCCGUUCGUUUUAGGCGAUUUGGGUUGUUUUCAAUCGACCGCAAGGCGUUCCCAGGCCAGCCGAGCGACGUCGUUCCGCAAGCAGCAGCGUGGUCCUGGCCCGGCCCACGGGUCUUCGCCCAGUGGGACGUGUCCGGAAGAGUUUCCAGGGGGUGUCUAUCGGGGGACUAUCCAUCCAUACAAGAGCCCAACGCCAAACGCUACGAUCCAGGAUUCCCUACCGGCGCUGUCGUCAGCAUGGAGGGGACAUGCCUGAGCUGCGUCAAGUACCUCAUGGUGUUCUUCAACGCCCUUAUCUUUCUGGCGGGACUCUGCCUGGUCGCGGUGGGCGUGUGGGCAGUGGCGGACCCUGGCGGGGUCGCCGAGGUCGUCUCCUCCCAUCAUCCCUUGCUGCUGAGGAGCGUGCACGUGAUUUUGGCCGUGGGGGCCGUGUUUCUGCUGCUGGGGCUCCUGGGCUGCUGUGGAGCUCUCUGUGAGAGCCGGAGGACGCUCACUUUCUUCUUCAUUCUGCUGCUGAUAAUCUUCAUGGUCGAGUUAGUUACGGCGAUCGUGGCAUUUGUUUUUCGAGAACAGUUAAACGAAGAUUAUUUUGCUCUUGAGCUCAAGAUGCGCUAUCAAGGAGACAACGCCACUGAUGUUUUCUCAAGGUUUUGGAAUUCAGCUAUGAAGACGUUCGGAUGCUGUGGGGUGCGAGGUCCCUCGGAUUUUUGGGAAGGAACCCUCUUCUGGCAGCUGUCCUCGGGCAAGAUAAUCCCAGAGGCAUGCUGCAAGGGGGACAUUCACGCAGAGAGUGAGGCCACGAUGGACAGGCUCAGAUGCUUGCUGGGGGACCCCCGACACCGGAAUGAGCAGGGAUGCUACACGAAAAUUAUGCAGUCCCUUCACAACUACAUACUGACUGUGGGAGGAGUGGUCAUAGGGUUACUCCUAAUACAGCUGCUUGCCAUGUCCUUCACCCUGUGUCUUUUCCGAAGAAUGAUAUGAUUUAUUUCGUUCGUAUCCGAUAACCAGAUUUAUUCAUUAUCAUCAUCAUCAGAAAACCCAAGAACCUACAACUCCUCUUAAAAACACAAAAAAAAACUCCAGUGAAGCGAACGUUCUCCCGACGUUCAGCGGUGCGUGUAGACGUGGAGAGUUUCCCACCACGCGCAAUUGUACAUCUGUAACAUACAAAUUGCAAUUUAUGAUUUCACUUAUGAAGGAGAUGAAAACGUCUCCCGCUAAUGAUCACCUUUUCUACGCAGCACGUGUACAUAUUUACUGUACUGUAUGGUGUGUCUUAAUUUUUUGCUAUUACGUGUUUCUUAUGAAAUCAAAAUGUAAGAUCUAAAUCAUUUUUGUCGACGUAGUGGAGAGAUAACAGCUUGCUGUGGAAGAUUAGACACCUGCCAGUUAUUAAGAAUGCCGCCCAUCAGCGUAUGCGGUGAACACGUCUGUUACAACUAUCUUGUAGCUGAUAUUACUUUUGUAUACUGUGUAAUUAUUCGCCCCAUUAAUCGUGUCAUUAAACGAAGCGAUUAAACUC